AGACAGUGUUCAGGCUUCGAUUGCCUUCACCACCCUGCGAGAUCACAUCACUUCCCACUUUCAGAAAAAUCUGAUAUAGAAAAUGGCGCCAGUUACCAAGCUAGAUAUCGUCUUCGGAGCCAUGACCUUCGGUGAGGAAGGCAAAGAACAAGUCCGCACCUCCUCCCUCUCCGACUGCGCCGCUAUCCUCGACACCUUCCAAUCGCACGGCCACUCCGAAGUCGACACCGCGCGCUUCUACGGCGACGGCACCUCGGAAGAGUACCUCGGCGCGCUGAAAUGGCAAGACCGCGGCAUCAUCAUGGACACGAAGCUGUACCCCAACGUCCAAGGCAUGAUGGGGCGGCCGGUUACGCACCACAACAUCCCCGGCCUGCGCGCCGGGCUGACCGCGUCCCUGAAAGCGCUGAAUACCGAGAGUGUCGAUAUGUGGUACCUACACGCGCCGGACCGCACGGUGCCGAUUGAAGAGACGCUGCAGGGGGUGAACGAGCUGUACAAGGCGGGCAAGUUCCAGCGGUGGGGCGUGAGCAACUACAUGGCGUGGGAGGUCGCCGCGAUGUGCGAGAUCUGCGAUAAGGAAGGGUAUCCGCGGCCGAGCGCGUAUCAGGGCGUGUACAACGCGCUGCACCGCUCCGUGGAGCAUGAGCUUUUCCCUUGCCUGAGGAAAUACGGCAUCGCGUUCUACGCUUUCAAUCCGCUCGCGGGCGGGUAUCUGACGGAUCGCUACCAUCGCGACACUGCGGACGCGGAGGUCGAGCCUGGCAGCCGCUUCGAUCCGAAGCGCCUCCAGGGGAAGAUGUACCGCGCGAGGUACUGGAAUGAUGCGUUCUUUGAUGCGUUGGAGAUGCUAAGGCCGGUGCUGAAGAAGCAUGGCAUUAGGGAGAGUGAGGCGGCGCUUAGGUGGAUGAUGCAUCAUUCUGCGUUGAAGAGGGAGAACGGCGAUAAGGUGAUAAUUGGCGCGAGCUCGCAGAAGCAGCUGGAGAUGAAUUUGAAGGACUUUGAGGCUGGUGAGCUGCCAAAGGACGUGGUGGAAGCGUUCGAUAAGGGUUGGGAGAUCUGUAGGGGUGUGACGUGGAAGUACUUCCAUUGAUUGCAGGUAAUGAUAGCUGAUAACCAGGCGAUAUGAG